AGGCAACUGCUGAUCUGUCCUUCUGCCAGUGCCCAGUGGGUGGUGACAGGUUCUUCCUCAGACCUUGACGGAAGAUACUAUAUGAUACAAUCACUGGUCCUUCUCUCCCAAGUCAAGCAGCUUCCCUGGGAAUGGACCGCCUUUCUGUGAGGGCUGGUGCUGGUGACAUAACUGAUGUUUCCUUGCCUCCCUACUUCACAGCUUCCACUCUGGCCAGGCUUUCCAAAUCUAGCCUGUGAAGCGAGGUAACAGACAUCCUCAGGAAAAGAAAAUGACUGAAGAACCCGUAAAAGAGAAUCUGGGAUCCCCAAAGUCUCUCCCUCCUGUGAUAAUGGAGAAAAGUCCUAAGAGUGAAGUCGUGGUCACCACGGUCCCCUUGGUCAGUGAGGUCCAGCUGAUGGCUGCCACAGGGGGUGCCGAGCUCUCCUGCUACCGUUGCAUCAUCCCUUUUGCUGUGGUGGUCUUCAUCGCUGGGAUAGUUGUCACCGCCGUGGCUUACAGCUUUAAUUCUCACGGUUCCAUCAUCUCCAUCUUUGGCCUGGUCCUUCUGUCCUCUGGACUUUUUUUAUUAGCCUCCAGCGCCCUGUGCUGGAAGGUGAGACAGAGGAACAAGAGAGGCAAGCGACGGGAGAGCCAGACGGCUCUUGUGGUAAAUCAGAGAAGCUUGUUUGCUUAAGACCGAGUAAGACCAAAGGGAAAAUCUCACCCUAACACCUUGCUCUAAUUUGUUGAGUCCAUUCAUACAGAACCAGCCCACGAGGGAAUGGGCUGAAUUUUGGAAUGAACUACCAAAAUGCAAAUGGGACAUAGAGAGGACUGAAAAAAUGAGGGGUCAAGACAGUCCCAUCCUUUGUAGGGAAUAACUCAUCUUCAUUAAUGACAAACUUAAUCCUAAGGGCUAUUUCUAGGACAAAAGAAUCGAAAUUUUCUUUUUACCUUAAACAUCUGGGUACAUGGAAUAUGCACAGCAUUAACUAGCACUUGGUCACCUUAAAAAGUACCCAAAGGAUGAUGGACAAAUAAUGAGAAUGCUGGUGCAUCAGGUCCAUGAAAGAAACAGCCCACACUCUGUCAAAUGGUGUUAUAAAAUGUUCCACUAAAGGCCUGCAUUGGCUUGGCAUUCCCGUGUACCUAAGAAUCUUUAGUUAUAUAUAUAUAUUUUUUCCAAUAAGCUGAUUCUCUGACCUCUCUUUUAAAAGAGUUUUCACUUUCAGUAACUCAUCACUAGAGGUACUUUAUCUUGAAGAAUAGACUAAUAUUUUUUUAUACUUUAACAAUGGACAGUUUUAGAUGAUUUUAAUGAUAUGUCAGAAGAAGACAGAGAAGUAGAAGAUAACACAAAUGACAUGGGAUGGUUAAGUUAAUACUGAAAUAAUUCAAUGUAGCACCUUUGAUGGUUUUUAUAGAAAAGUUCAAUGUGCAUUUCACUCAAAAUAAUAAAUGUCCGUGGCUGCUAAAA